AUGCCAGUGAUUACUUCCAAGAUCUGCGGACAGCUCCGCAGCAUAAGAAGAGCUGCACAUGUCGAGUUCAGUUUGGGCAAAAUACGAAUUGGAAAGAAAAGCUCAAGACCCUUCGAUGCUCUUGAUCCUGAAAUUAUACCACCAGCAUCCGACUUGACUGUGACAGAUAUACAAUUUUUGUAUCCGUAUAUCAGAUGGUCGGGAGCUUUCAGGGAGGACAAGCCAUGGCGGGAGGCUCGGGAGGAUAUAGACCUCGCUCCUUCACUGAGGAGAGAUAUGGAGACGAUCCAUGCGGUUAAGAACGACUUCGGUUACUACACAAGAAGGACGCCUUUAGACUACCUUAUCAGAUACGUUCAUUCUAAAUUUGAACUAGAGAGCCCAGGCAAGCUGCAUCUCAAGACGAGGUCCAAGUUUUUCGAGAGAAUUGGAGGGGUUAGGGGUGGCUUCAUGGGCGUGCCAUACUAUACACUCUGGCACGGAACAGAGGAUGUCGCGACCAAUUUCGUGGUUGUUCACACUGAAAAACCCGCAUGGUAUGAUGCAACACAUAUCCUAGCUUAUAUGGCAAUGAUCCAUACCGAGAGGAGGCGUCGUCAAAUGACAGACUGCACUAUGUAUGGUCUCUCAACCAAUUCGAAAGAGUUCUGGUUCUAUCAGCUUGACAAUGAGAGCCGGUGGUCAUAUUUAGUGCUGAAACCGGAAGAGGAUUAUUCUGGAGAAGUGGACUACGCGCAAGAAAUCGCCGGUCUGCUCACCUUUAUCUUCCACGAGGCAGUUGUAUUAUCUCAGGGUCAGAAAAAAAGAAAAGGCAAGGGAGAACUCAACGUUGUUGAGUUCGACUAUCGAAUUUGA